AUGCUGGAAGUUCCUGAGGGCAAAUGCUGUCCGGUCUGUGUCGAAGAAGAAGUGCAAUGUGAAAUUGAAGGUCAAGUUUUCAGUGACUGUGCAUCUCCGUGCCCUACAACCUGUGACUCUGAUCCUGACCAAAUCUGUAUCACUCUGUGUGUACAAGGAUGCACCUGCCCUCCUGGACAAGUCAUUGACACUGUUAACAAUAUGUGUGUGACAACUGACAUGUGCCCACCAACAGGUGUAGACUGCUCUACGGUACUGUGCCUGAGGCCAGAGUGUGAUAAAGGAGAAAUCCUGACAGUCCUAGAGGGAAAAUGUUGCCCAAUCUGUGUACCUGGUGUAGACUGUUCUGCGGUAUCCUGCCUGAGGCCAGUGUGUAAGGAAGGAGAAAUCCUAGAGGUUCCAGAGGGAGAAUGCUGUCCAAUCUGUGUACCUGGUGUAGAUUGCUCUGCAGUGUCCUGCUUGAAGCCAGUGUGUGAGAAAGAAGAAACCCUGGAGGUCUUAGAGGGAGAAUGCUGUCCAAUCUGUGUACCUGGUGUAGACUGCUCUGCAGUGUCCUGCCUGAGGCCAGUGUGUGAGAAAGGAGAAAUCCUGGAGGUCCCAGAAGGAGAAUGCUGUCCAAUUUGUGUACUUGGCGUAGACUGCUCUGCGGUGUCCUGUCUGAGGCCAGUGUGCGAGGAAGGAGAAAUCCUGGAGGUCCCAGAGGGAGAAUGCUGUCCAGUGUGUUUUGAUAAAUGA